CAUGGUGAGAUAUUUGCAAAAUUCUCGACCGUGGGUGUCUGCGGUAUGGAGCGAGUGCGCUAUUACCUUUACCGCGGGCUAACUCGUUCGCCACCACACCAUGCGGCUCCUUCGUUCGUACGACAUACACCUAUAAUUUCGUCCCGAAUUCGGAUUGAGAAUCAAAAAUUCCGUUCUUUAAGAAUUGUUGCAACAAAGAGCAGUGGUUGGUUUGGUGCAUUCAAGAAUUUAGUGGGUAAUAGGAAGAUUACCGCUGAAGACGUUGAACCCGUACUGGACAAAAUGAGGGAGAAUCUUAUUUUGAAAAACGUGGCUGCCGAGCCAGCAGACAAGAUCUGCCAAUCAAUAGGCCGUAAACUGGAAGGCAAAGUUGUAAGUACAUUCAGCCGCAUCAGCACCGAAGUAAAGGAAGCUGUCAGGGAAUCCCUCAUUCAGUUGCUUACUCCUAAGCGUCGUGUGGAUAUUCUCCGUGACAUAGUUGAAGCGAAGCGCGAAGGUCGCCCAUAUGUUAUAGUUUUCUGUGGCGUCAACGGUGUUGGGAAAAGCACUAACCUGGCUAAGGUGACGUUUUGGUUAAACGAGAACGAUCACCGAGUUUUGAUAGUUGCUGGUGACACAUUUCGCGCAGGAGCUGUAGAACAGUUGCGGACUCACACAAAGCAUCUCAACGCUCUUCAUCCGAACUCGGUGCAGCUGUUUGAACAAGGAUACGGAAAAGAUUCUGCCAGCUUAGCUGCUGCUGCGAUUGGAAUAGCUGCAGAGCGUGGGAUCGACGUAGUACUUGUCGAUACUGCUGGACGUAUGCAAGAUAAUGAACCUUUGAUGAGGGAAUUAGCAAAAAUCAUAAGAGUCAAUGAACCUGACUUGGUUUUAUUUGUCGGAGAAGCUUUGGUCGGUAACGAAGCAGUUGAUCAACUCGUGAAAUUUAACCAGGCUCUUGCUGAUAAUGCUACUCCUGGAGCAACUCCUCGUUUAAUAGAUGGCAUAGUUUUGACAAAAUUUGACACUAUCGAUGACAAGGUUGGUGCUGCUGUAUCCAUGGCGUACAUAACCGGUCAGCCAAUUGUCUUUGUUGGUUGUGGUCAAACAUAUCCCGAUCUUCGCAAUCUCAACAUAGGAGCGGUAGUUUCGGCACUUCUCAAAUGA